AUAUUGGGAAAAUAGUUUUAGGAGAGAGCGCCAGAAAGAAGAGCUGUAUGAGCCAGAAAAAGCAACGAGAGGAUCUCUCCAUAGCGGUGUGCGCGUUGCUGAAUUCAGGAGGAGGAGUAGUGAGGAUGGAGAGCGAAGAUGAGAAUUACAGCUUUCGGGAGCACGGCGUUGGGCUGGACAUAGAGCAGAGCCUCCGGCACUGCAUCGGCUCCACCGAGACCAGCGAAUACUUCACUUGGAUGCAGCAGCGGAGUCACCUGCUGCUGUUUGUUAAAACAUGGAGCUGCGGAGACGCGGAGCAGAAAAGCGCAGCCACGAAGCCACGUAUCUGUAGCGUGAGCACCGGUUUGUCCCGCAGGUCUUUCACUUCUGCUGUCGAUAUGAAUUCAAGCGAGGCUGCCGGAUUUCUGAGGCAGAAGGAAAGCUGGGCCCAGCGCCACAACGAGAACGGACCAAGCGCUAAGAAAGCUCUGCUGAGUUUUGAUGGCAGAGCAAAGGAGACCCCUCCGAACACCGAGGAGUGCAACAUCCGAGAUGCCGCUGCCAGGUUUUUAAAGAGAGACAGACUGAUAGCUGGGGAGAUCCUGGAUUUUACGGAGACAACGCAUAUUGAAUUUAAGCAGUACUCUACAAGGAAUAUCGAGCAAUACAUUAAAAAAACCCUUCCAAGUUAUGUCUCUGCCUUUGCAAACACGCAGGGUGGUUAUUUAUUUAUUGGAGUGGACGACAACCGGAGAGUCAUUGGAAGCCACAGGGAAGUGAAGAAAGAAGAUUUAGAAAAAGCAGUAGCUGACACCAUGGACUCGAUGCUCUUCCACCACUUCUGCAGCUCUCAGGCAGGUGUGCAGUUCGAGACUCACAUCCUGAGCGUUUAUAACAUAGAACAACGCUUCCAGGGCUACGUAUGCGCUGUGCGAGUUGAACCGUUUUGCUGCGCUGUUUUCCAUGAUGCCCCUGAAUCCUGGAUGGUGAUGGGUGAAAGAAUUGAAAGGCUGAGCAUCAGCAAAUGGGCAGAGCGCAUGACGGACGCAGACCCAGAUCUUUCAAAUCUGGCUGAUAAAUUUGAGAAUGAGCUCAGUUUGGCAAAUGGUCCUCCUCUUAUCAAGCCAGUUUAUUCAAAAGCUGGUCUCCCGUGCGUGUCUGAGCUCCAGGAGUGCCUCUACCCAGUGGGUUCUAAUGAAAUCAAAUGGAAGCCAGAAACUAUCUGCAAUGACCUGUUCUCAGAAUAUCCUGGAUUAAAGGAUUUAAUGGAAGAACAAAUCCGUCCAUUUAACAAGGGGGUACUGAUCUUUUCAAGGAGUUGGGCCGUUGAGAUUGGAUUGUGGAAGAAGCAGGAUGUUGUGUGUGAUGUUCUCCUAGUGGCUGAAAAUGCAUAUCCAGUAUUGUAUACUGUCGUCAAGGAUUCCUCUUCUGAGCAGGAAAACUUGAGAGAAACUGCCCGCGCAUUAAAGCAGAAACUAGUCAAUGAUGGGGGUUAUGCUUCAAGAGUGUGUGUAAUUCCCCAGAUACUGCACCUGGAUGGCACAAAUAGCCAGAUGGAAGUUGCAGAGGAUUACGUUCCCCAGCGAGAAAACCCAUGUGAUUACACCAGCUUGUACCCAGAGAAUUACAUCCUCACCUCCAGGGACAUCCCUGCAUUCCUACGUGCACUUGUCAUCGUUGUGCUGCGCUUUAAGUCCUACUUAAGUGACCAUUUUGGCUGUGAGAUUUUCAACCUUCUCACUCGUGAACAGUAUGAGAUGCUCUCCAAGAACCUGCUCAAAACCAAGGAGCAGUUUGUCCUUGGUCUUCCUGGAACAGGGAAAACAAUUCUGGCUUUGAAGAUCAUUCAGAGAAUAAAAAACGUUUUUCACUGUUCUUCAGAAGAGAUACUCUACAUUUGUGAAAAUACACCCUUGAAGGAGUUUGUGGGAUAUGAGAACUGCUGGUCUGUGACACGUGCUGCCUUCGUAAUGAGGAACUUCCCAAAAGUGAAACACAUUGUGGUUGAUGAAGCUCAGAAUUUUCGUCUGGAAGAAAACUGGUACCAACGUGCCCGGAAACUAGUCAAGGAAAAAGGUGGCAUUUUCUGGGUCUUCCUGGAUUAUUUCCAGUCCACUCACCCGUACGGUUGUGGUCUUAACUUUUCCCAGCUAUACCCUCAGGAAUGGUUGACCAAAGUGGUCCGUAACGCCAAGCGAAUAUACAGUGCCAUGUCUGAUCUAAUGGAGAAAAUCCUCCAAGAACGUAAGACAGAUAUGCCCUAUGAGGUGCUGGAAAAGCUGUUUGAGCAGGCUGAAUGUGCCCAUUCUUUGCCAGGGGACUACAUAAAAAAAGAAAAUAUGGGAACGUUUGAGAUGGUAGAGUACGUGAGCAGGCAGUGCAACAGCUACAUCCAGCAGGGCUACCCCAUCCGAGACAUGGCCAUCCUGUGCAGCACACUGGAGGCAGCCCAGGUCUUCAGGCAGAUGUUGGAGCCCGAGCUAAAAAGACAAAUAAGGAAAAGCAGAGUGAGGUUGGUCUUUGGGGUAGCGGAGGAUGUUCGAAAGGAUGUCAUUGUUGUUGACAGCAUCCGACGCUUCUCCGGCCUGGAGAGGAGGAUUGUGUUUGGCAUCCACCCCAUCCCUGGGCAGGACGAGGUGUCUCUCAGUCUUCUGCUCUGCGCAGCGUCCAGAGCCAACAGCAAAUUCCAUUUGCU